AUGCAAUCAAAUUCAAAGAGUUCGAGGCUUGCUCCAGCUUUGAGUAUAUUUCCAAAUCUGAAAGCCCCUCACAAAACCCUACUUUUCCACCAAAUAUGUGUUCUUCUUAUCACAUUUCUUGCAUAUGCUUCAUUCCAUGCAUCUAGGAAACCUCCCAGUAUUGUUAAGAGUGUUUUGGGACCCGCUGCUCCAACCAAUUUAACUCAUGUUGAUUUAGGUUGGCCCCCUUUUAAUGGAACUCAGGGAACUCACCGGCUCGGCGAGGUUGAUCUCGCAUUCCUCACUGCUUACUCUAUUGGCAUGUAUUUGGCUGGUCAUGUUGGAGAUAGGAUUGAUUUGCGCUUGUUCCUUGUGUUUGGGAUGAUGGGUAGUGGGGUUUUUACUAUACUUUUUGGGUUAGGGUACUGGUUAGAUGUUCAUGUGUUGGGCUUUUUCGUCACUGUUCAGAUUUUUUGUGGAGUGUUUCAGUCUAUUGGUUGGCCUUGUGUUGUUGCAGUUGUGGGGAAUUGGGUCGGGGAAUCAAAGAGGGGAUUCAUAAUGGGGGUAUGGAAUUCUCAUACCUCCGUGGGGAAUAUAAUUGGUUCCGUUAUUGCCUCCGGUGUCUUGGAAUUUGGAUGGGGUUGGUCUUUUGUGCUGCCUGGAUUUCUCAUCAUUUUGGUUGGGGUUUUGGUAUUUUUGUUUCUUGUUGUGAAUCCCGAGGAUGUAGGUUUUGCGCAUCCUGGAAUGGACAUUGAAAUGACUCUCGAGGAUGUAGGUUUUGCGCAUCCUGGAAUGGACAUUGAAAUGACUCUUGAGACGGACGCUGCAGAGGUUCCGCCAAAAGUUGAUUCAGAGGAAGCAAAGCUAAUUGUUCCUGAUAAUUCAGUUACAGAUUCUUCAUCUGCUAUUGGAUUUUUAGAGGCGUGGAAGAUACCUGGAGUUGCUCCGUUUGCAUUUUGUCUCUUUUUUUCAAAAUUUGUUGCUUACACUUUCUUGUAUUGGUUACCCUUCUACAUCAGGCACACAGAGGUUGCUGGGGUUAAUCUAUCUCACAAAACUGCUGGGUUACUUUCAACAAUAUUUGACAUUGGAGGAGUCUUAGGAGGAAUAACAGCCGGUUUCAUUUCUGAUAUGAUUGAAGCGCGUGCUGUUACUUCAAUUAUGUUCUUGUUUCUAUCAAUUCCAGCCCUUCUUUUGUAUCGCUUUUUGGGGAGCAUUUCUAUGUUUACCAACAUCACAUUGAUGUUUCUUUCUGGAUUUUUGGUGAAUGGUCCAUACUCGCUAAUCACAACUGCUGUGGCUGCCGAUCUCGGUACUCAGGGCUUUAGUGGUGGGAGUUCUCGGGCACUGGCUACUGUUACUGCAAUCAUUGAUGGUACUGGUUCUGUCGGAGCUGCUCUUGGACCACUUCUAGCAGGUUAUGUUUCAACUAGGGGAUGGAACAGUGUAUUUUUUAUGCUCGUUUUAUCUAUUUUCUUUGCUGGUUUAUUCUUGAUUAGAGUCGUAAGAACUGAGAUACAAGAGAAACUUUCUGGAAAGUGA